AAACUAAAAUGUUUCAUGUUAGUGAGAUUUUUGUACAGCUAACAUCUUGUCUUUUAUGCUCAUAUUUUUUUUUUAGAAAUACCCAAAGGAGAAAUACGUCCCCCUAGUUUAGUAAAGGACGCAAUAAACGUCGUCGUUAUGUUGUUUCUUUCCGGAAGACAAUAGAGAAGGGACGGGCUCGAUUUAUGGAGUUUCGAGGAACAAAUUUGUUGUGAGAGUUUCUCUCCGAGGCUGUUUGAACAAAAUGAGGAGUUUUCGAGCAUUUCUGAGCACAACACUCACCUUGGUGGUACUCGAGGUCUGUCUGGUGUGUUGUGAUAUAACGGACGGAAACGCAGAACAUCUGAAAAGAGAGCACUCGUUGAUGAAACCGUACCAAGGUGUUGGCAACAGCCCGAGUAGUCAGUGGGACUUUUGGGGAAGCACGUUGGUGACUGGUUCUUAUGUUAGACUUACUCCAGAUGAGAGAAGCAAGCAGGGAUCCAUCUGGAACACUGUGCCUUGUUACCUGAAGGACUGGGAGAUGCAUGUGCAGUUUAAAGUUCAUGGGUCAGGAAAAAAGAAUCUCCAUGGCGAUGGCAUUGCUAUCUGGUACACAAAGGACAGACUGCAUCCAGGGCCUGUGUUUUCCAACAAUGCUCUCUUCCACGGGCUGGCCGUUUUUAUAGAUACUUACUCUAACGAUGAUGCGACGGAUCGUUCCUUCCCGUUCAUUUCAGCCAUGGUGAACAACGGCUCAGUGAGUUAUGACCACGGCAAAGACGGACGGUCGUCGGAGCUGGGAGGGUGCUCCGCUGAGAUCAGGAACAGAGAGCAUGACACCUACCUCGCCAUCCGCUACUCUAAAGGAAGACUCACUGUGAUGGUUGACGUGGAUGACAAGAAUGAGUGGAAGGAGUGCAUCGACAUCGGAGGUGUUCGUCUUCCCACUGGAUAUUUCUUUGGUGCCUCAGCAGCUACAGGAGAUCUGUCCGAUAACCAUGAUAUCAUCUCCAUGAAGCUCUACCAGCUGAUGGUAGAACACACCCCCGAGGAGGAGAACCUGGACUGGACCAAGAUCGAGCCCAGUGUCAGCUUCCUGAAGUCUCCUAAAGACAACAUUGAUGAUCCUACCGGAAACUUCCGCGGCACGCCCCUCACGGGCUGGAAGGUCUUCCUGCUUCUGCUGUGUGCUCUGCUGGGAAUUGUCGUGUGCGCUGUGGUAGGAGCCGUAGUUUUCCAGAAGAGACAGGAGAGGAACAAGAGGUUUUACUGAGGAGAGAAGAGAGAGAACCACCUCAUCAGAGAGGUGUUUGUUGGGGGAUGAACUGUUUCCAGAUGACAGAUUGAGCACAUUCAAUGUGAAAUUUUUUUCUAAAAGAUUGUACAAAUGUUUAUAUCUUUGAAGCACUGCGUGGGGGGGUGGGGGGGUGGGGGGGUUUGGUAACUUGUGAUGUUGGUAAGAAGGUGCAGAACUAGUGGCUACCAUCACGAGUGACCCUGAUAAAUGCCUUUUUUUGUUUUCCAUGUCUUUGUGUUCAGUCAUUGCAGGGUUAUAAUAAGUUUACUGUCACAAAAUUUUGCACUCAGUUUUUUCAGAUUCUUUAAAGAUUGUGUUCACACCUGCUGAAUUAGGCGUCUCCAGCCCUUUUCAGCUUUUCUCUGCUUCAGGUGUGACACUGCAAAAUGGUGAACUUUGGCAGCAAAAGGUAAUUUUAUGUUUAAGUCCUCCAGGAUGUUUAUCUGAUUAUUUACUGGGAGAGGAAAAGUAGCUCCACGCAAAAAAAAAAAAAAAGAAUCUAAUAUAUUUCAUUGUGAUGAACUGUGGCUGUUGUUGCGUCCUGCUCUGCUAAAAUACAAGAUACUGACAGGAUACAAAAAGAAUCCAGUGUUGCUCAUUUUUAAGCGUUAGCAUUUUAAAGUAAUUUAGAAUUAAUUGAAAUUGUGCACAACAAGCUCUCCGUGUAUAUUCGAGAACAGUGGAUAUCUAGGAGGAUUGUGGAAAAGGUAUUUUGUCAGUAACCACUAUAUGUACACAACAGUACUGAGAACUUAGUGAUCAUAAUGCCUCUCUCUGUUUUUAUCUUGAUUUGAAGUAUUGGAUUUGAGUAUCAAACAUCAAAGUUCGCCUGUCAGUACUAUGAUGUCUUCAUCCUUGAAUAGAUAAAGUUUGAUUUAUUUUUUUUAUUAGUAGGUGGCACUCUUCUUUUUGUCAUCCAUGUUAACUAUCUCUGUUCAUGCUACACACCCAGUUGUUCUGUUAAUUCCAGACUGAUUAUGUGAAACACAAAGGUUUUUCAUUAGGUUUCUUGUUUCUCGGUUCUCAUUUAAUCAUGGCGUUUUUUUUCUUUUAAGAAAUAAGAAAACCAGUGAAUAAUCACAUUUGAGAAGCUGGAGCUAGAGAAAUUGUCGGCAUUUUUUCUUGAUGAACAAUAUAAUGAUGAAUUCAUUAGUAUGUUAUAACAGCAUCGGGUGUUAAGCUACCACACCACAGACGUCCUCGGCCAGGGCCAUCUGUUGUCAAGUGUUUCGACCCGGGGGGUUCGUAUCUUGAGAUUAUAAAAGUAGUUGCCAAUUCAUUUCUGCCAACUGAUAAUUGAUUGAUUAAUCGACUAAAUGUUACCAGAAAAUGGACAGAAAUUUAUUUAAAAGACCAGCUAAUUGUCAUUGACCUGAAAAUUUUAAGAAUGUCACUCUACACUCUGAUCGUUAUGAGGGACAUCUUGUGAAGCUUUUACUAUGUAACACAGCUUCUCCAUGGUCUAAUACAGCAGAGUAGGGCCACCUGAAAGAGCUCAGUGCACAGGUGGAAGGAUCCUGUAAACUGAAUAUUUUAUGUUUUUUUUUUUUUUUUGUCUUUUCUCUGCAGGGUUUUAUCUAGAAUAUGACUUUGUUAUUUUUCUAUAUGUUUGGUUUCAGUUAAUAAUGCUAAAAGUUGGUGAUUUAUUUCAAUUCUUCACUAUAACCAAUGUUAGUAUCAUUAACAGUUGCAUAAAGAAAUUGCGAUUUAAUAAAUUCAAACCGUGUUAAUCAUGAAGCUGUCUCUUACAGAAGAAGAGGUGUUUAACCUUGAAGUCCAUGGAUGGAUUGUUCAAUGGCACAUUUACACUUUCUUUCAAUGUCUUGUUUCUUUGUUGGUUUUCUCUCAGCUUUCAUUUCCAUUAUCUUCCUGUUUGGUUCUGAUCCUACAUUUAAAAAAGAAAUUCUAAAAGUAAAAUUGGGGAUGUGAUCAGAUAUUUGUACUUAAAUGACUGCUGAAACACAGAUUGUCUUUUUUUUUAUCUUUUAGUUUAAGUUGGCAUUUUUAUCUGUGUUCCUUUGUUCUUGAAGCCCGUCUGUGUUUGCCUCUGCCACAUCAGUUAGGUUUGUGAUGAGACUUGAAACCUCUCCUCAUCAGAAAUAAUCUAUUAAAAUGAAAAAGAAACCA